GCAGGGCCGGGCCGGGCUGCGUCGCCGGCCGCUCGGGCUGCUCAGGCGGGCCGCUCUCCGAGCAGCUCCGCGCUCUCCCGAAGGUCUGCGGCGUGGCAGGCGCCGCCGGAGCGCUGGCCAUGAGGACCCUGUGGAUGGCGCUGUGCGCGCUGGCGCGGCUGUGGCCGGGGACCCUGGCAGGCUGCGCCGAGGCGGGGCGUUGCUGCCCGGGCCGGGACGCCGCCUGCUUCGCGCGCGGCUGGAGGUUGGACAGGGUUUACGGGACGUGCUUCUGCGACCAAGCCUGCCGCCUCACGGGGGACUGCUGCUUCGACUACGCCAGGGCAUGCCCAGCUCGCCCGUGCAUCGUCGGGGAGUGGAGCCCCUGGAGCGGCUGCGCCGACCAGUGCAAGCCCGCGGCCCGCGUGCGGAGGCGCCCGGUGCAGCAGGAGCCCCGGAACGGCGGCGCGCCCUGCCCGCCCCUGGAAGAGAGAGCCGGCUGCCUGGACUACUCGACGGCCCGGGGCCAGGACUGCGGGCACUCCUUCGUCCCUGCCUUUAUAACUACCUCUGCGUUCAACAAGGAGAGAACAAGACAUGCCACCUCUCCACAGUGGUCUACAGACACAGAGGACACCGGAUACUGUAUGGAGUUCAAGACAGAGUCAUUGACUCAUCACUGCGCUACGGAGAACCGCCCCCUGACCCGAUGGAUGCAGUAUCUCCGAGAGGGGUACACGGUGUGCGUCGACUGUCAACCCCCAGCUAUGAACUCGGAGAGCCUUCGCUGUUCCGGAGAUGGCCUGGACUCGGAUGGAAAUCAAACUCUCCACUGGCAAGCAAUUGGCAAUCCUCGAUGUCAAGGAACUUGGAAAAAAGUUCGGCGAGUAGAUCAGUGUUCUUGUCCAGCUGUUCACAGUUUUAUUUUUAUAUAGAUUGUGAUGUAAAUAUUUCAGAAUGCGUUCGUAAACAUGCUAAACAUUACCAAGUCAUGUUCAGUGCUUCAUAAACCUUCAAAAACCAUUUGGCCAGAGUCCCUGAACACGUCAUUGCCACACUCCAAAGUAGAGAAGGAUAAUGCAUGGGCCAGUUCUCAAGAUACCCAGUACCUUUGUUUUUAUUUUUAUUGCGUUGAGGACCCACCCUAAAGAUUCCUGUGGUUUUGUGUCCUUGGCCUUGUAGAGAGUCCUCUCAUUCAAAGGUGGCCCACACAACACAGAAUACAUGUCUGUUUGCACUAAAAUUACUACAAUAUGGUCCGUUUAUUGGUGAGUAGCUGUCAUUUAAGGGUAUCCAUGCUCUGAAUCUUGCAUUCCUUCUUUCUAUUCUGUAAUCUCUUAAAAACUUCUCACUUUAAAAAAUGUAUAGAGAUCUAUGUAUACUCUCACACAUACAUUUCCCAUGUAUUAUUCCAUAAAUUUUGAAAUAACAAUUUAAAGAAAAUAGUCACAAAUAAUUUUCCACAUUGGGGACAAGUUAAGAUUUAGCAAGCGUUUUGUAAUGAAAACCCAACAGCUAUGUUAAAAAUACUUUUUUGAAGAAGAAAUUUUCUUUGGUUAAUUGACAAGACCAAUCAAAUGUUUAUUCUAGGUCAAUACAAGUUCCUUAAAUGCCAUAAUUUUCAUGAUGAGAAUUUUGGCACCAAUGAAUGAAACAAUGCUUUAAUUACGAAAAUUUUAUCAACAUUAGCAUUUAAGAUUACUUCUAGGGCUUAAAACUUGAAGCUGACUAAAAGCAUCUUUCAGAUUUAAGUUUAAACUAACUUACGGUUUAAUUGAAGUAAACUUACUACUUUUUGUCUACA